GAGGCAAGCUCGGUGUGAGGCGGGGCUGCGCGGCCUACAGGGCCCUGGGGGUGGGCGCAUCGAUGAGCUGCGAGGUGGUUGUGUUGUACUUUGCCAGGAGCGCAGAGCUAGCGGGGGUUCGCUCAGAGACCGUUUCCGUGCCACAGCGAAUCACCUCUCUCCAGCUGUGGGAUGAAAUUGUGAAGAGACGUUCGAGGCUUGCUGUCCUACGGGAUCAGGUGGUCUUUGCUGUUCGGCAGGAAUACGUCCUGCUUGGGGAUCAGCUGCUGGUCCUGCAAUCAGGUGACGAGGUUGCUAUUAUCCCACCCAUCAGUGGUGGCUAAGUCCAGCCGAAUACAUUAGGUCCAAUGGUUUGCUGGAUGACUUCCUCCUUCUGCUAGCUGUCCUGGACAGGAUGUACCAACAUUCCCUGCUGUAGAGAUCUGUUAUGCUGGCACUGAGCUGUGAUUGGGUACAGAAAUAAAUGAUUAACACACAUACAACAAUCAGAGAAACCAUGAAUGAAAUUGAGGAAGAGCCAAAAGAUUUCAUCAAAUUGACCCAGGCGAAGCUCUCUGUAGAUGAAGUGUCAGUGUUGGUAACUUCACCAUGCUGUGGGGCUAUCUCUCUGUUUGUAGGCACUACAAGAGAUAAUUUUAAUGGGAAAAAAGUGAUUCAUUUAGAGUAUGAAGCAUAUACACCAAUGGCAGAAGCAGAAAUAAAGAAAAUCUGCAGAGAUGUUAGAAAAAAAUGGCCAGCAAUCAAACAUGUAGCCGUGCAUCAUAGACUUGGCUUGGUUCCAGUGACGGAAGUGAGUGUGAUUAUAGCAGUCUCCUCUCCCCACAGAAUAGAAUCUCUCAAUGCUGUGAGCUACUGCAUUGACACUUUAAAAGCAACAGUUCCAAUAUGGAAAAAGGAGAUGUAUGAAAAAGAAUAUUCUUGGAAAGAAAACAAGGAAUGCUUUUGGACAAACAUGGAAAAAUAACUCCACCUUCUUUUCAGCUGGUCACUCUAUGAAGAUUAGUUUUGAGUUGUUUCCAGAAAAUAUAACUAGGAAUUUCACUUCCAUGCUAACAAACACUUGAAUAAUUUAUAUUGGUUUAAUUAUUCCAGUUAUGAAAUGAUAUACGGUGAAUGGAUUAUUCUUAAAAAUUAUACUUAAAAAUAACUUCAGAUCUUUAAAAUCACCUACUCUGCUCUUGUUUGUAGCAGGCCAGUAUUUAAAAUAUAUUUCAUAAAAUUCUGGGAUGAAAGGUGUCUAAAGUUGUUUGCUUCAUUGUCUUUUUGCUGGCAGUUUGCAGUCACUGCCAGUAUUGGACAUCCCAGGUGGACAAUCAGAUGCGUUUUCAGACCUCAGGUUUUUUUAGUAUGGAUGCAGUUAGUUUAUGAGCUUUGGCAUACUUUUUACAUUCUUGUAAUUUGAAAGAUGCUUCAAGUUGACAAAGCACUUUGGUACGUGCAGAGGGAAAAUAUAUGCUAUACUCAAAGAGUUUA